AUACUUCCAUUCCAUCUUGUCCUCUCUCACUCCUAACCUCUCUCUCUCUCUCUCACAUAUAUUUUUCUUCUUCUCUUCUUCAUUUACUUUGUCCUCUUCUUCAUUUCUUCUCUCUUGGAGGGGAGUUUAAACUCCUGAAGCCAAAGGUACCCAACUGAUCAGGUCAACAAUAUUAAUACCACAUUUUGAGUAGAUAGCAACAGCUAUUCAUUACAAUCGAUUCGACGAUGGAGCCAAGCAUCCCACCUGGAUUCCGGUUUCAUCCAACAGAGGAGGAGCUUGUAGGGUACUAUCUAAAGAAGAAGGUUGCCUCACAGAAGAUUGAUCUUGAUGUUAUCAGAGACAUUGAUCUGUACAAAAUUGAACCAUGGGAUCUCCAAGAAAGAUGUCGAAUAGGGUACGAAGAGCAGCAUGAGUGGUAUUUCUUCAGCCACAAGGAUAAGAAGUAUCCAAGUGGGACAAGGACAAACAGAGCGACCAUAGCUGGGUUUUGGAAGGCGACGGGGCGAGACAAAGCUGUGUAUGACAGGUCUAAACUCAUUGGAAUGAGGAAAACCCUUGUGUUCUAUAGAGGGAGAGCACCAAAUGGGCAGAAAUCAGAUUGGAUCAUGCAUGAGUACCGGCUCGAAUCCGAAGAGAAUAGCCUUCCACAGGAAGAAGGAUGGGUAGUGUGCCGCGCAUUCAAGAAGCGAAUAACAAGCCAAACCAAGAGCAUUGAAGGGUGGGAGUCUAGCUAUUUUUACGACGAACCAAGUGGUGUCAGCUCACUAGUUGAUUCGACUGAUUACAAUACUACAACAAGGCAGUCUCAGAACUAUUUUUCUCAAAAUUUCAUGUGCAAGAGAGAGAUAGAAGCCGACAAUUCAAAUUUCACACACUCUGAUCAAUUUGUACAGCUUCCUCAUCUACAAAGCCCAUCCAUACCUCUGCCACUAACAAAGAAGCCAAGCUCAGCAUCUCUGGUGUCAGAAAAUAAUGAGGAAGAGGAUCAAAUUAGAGGGUGCAAUAACGCGACGAAAGUGACGGAUUGGAGGGCCCUUGACAAGUUUGUUGCUUCGCAAUUGAGUCAAGAGGAAAGAUCAUUCGAAGGUGAUGGGUUGUCAAGUAGUUUUGGAAUGCAUAGUAAUUCAGAUAUGAUGUUACUAUUAUUGCAGAAUGGUAGAGAAGAAGGAGGGACCAAGUUAGAUGAGUGUGACAUUGGAACUUGUCUAUUCCAUGAAUGAAGAGAGUGUGGUGAUGAGGUUUAAUACUAAUGAUAUUAAUUUUGAUUAUAUGUUUAUAAGUUAAAAGGAUCUUGAAGAUAUACAUAUUAUGUAAAAAUAUGGUUGUAUAUAUAUAUAUGA